CCUUAGCUAUUGACCGUGGGCAGACUGCUGGCUGGCUACACAAUGGCGGAGGAGGCAACAUUUGUGAAAACUUCCUCCUUCAUGGAUCCUUUUAAAGGCUUCUUGUUGACAUAUUUGAUACCCGAGUCAUGUUACGACGAGUUCUUUAUCAAAUUCAACCUUUUGGACGUUCCAUGUCUGAAGAUUCUGAUCAGCAAAGGACUGGGGAUAGGUAUCAUCCUCGGAUCAGUGAUGGUCAAGCUACCUCAGAUCUUAAAGAUGAUGGGGGCUAAGAGCGCCGAGGGUCUGAGCUUCCAGUCGGUGCUCCUGGAGCUGGUAGCCAUCACGGGAACCAUGGCCUACAGUAUUGCGAACAAGUUCCCUUUCAGUGCUUGGGGCGAGGCAUUCUUCCUCAUGCUGCAGACGAUCACCAUCGGUUUCCUCAUUCAACACUACACAGGAAGAACCAGCAGAGGUGUUGUUUUUGUGUUUGUGUACGUGGGGUUGUUGUUGCUGGUGUUGUCUCCAGUCACUCCGGCAUCCCUGGUGACCACCAUGCAAGCCUUCAACAUGCCUGCCGUCAUCGUUAGCAGGCUGAUCCAAGCGGCCACUAACUUUCAUAAUGGACACACCGGCCAGUUGUCAGCUAUUUCCGUCUUCCUGUUGUUUGCUGGGUCGCUGGCGCGCAUCUUCACAUCACUUCAGGAAACGGGUGACACACUGAUGGCGUUGACCUAUGUGAUCUCCUCAUGCUCGAACGGCCUCAUCGCCCUGCAGGUGGUGUACUAUUGGAACAGCUCCUCAGAGCGCAAGAAGAAGAAGAAGAGGAAGAAGAGAGAUUAAUAGUGAAAACAGUUAUAACCUCCAUUAUGCAGCUUUUCAUAUAAAGUCGUCCCUCGGCACAUCGCGGUUCGAAUUUCGCUGCGUCACUUCUAUCACAGUUUUUCAAAAAUAUAUUAAAGGGGACCUAUUAUACUAGUUUUCUGGCCUUUGUAUUGAGGUCUGGACUCCUAUAGAGCAGCUACACAUGAUAACCUGCACAGAAAGCUUUCUAGAUCUUACAGACACUGCACCUCUUCCUGCAGUGUUUCCAGUCUUCCUGUCCGAUUGCUUGCACAAAGCAAACACAGUUAGGACACUGAUAAAUUGUUAGUUACAGCUUGCUCUUCUGACCCUUCAACACAACCAAGUAACUUUGGAAAGGCGUCAGACUUCAGCAACAGUUUGGCAAAUAGUCCAGCUUCAUAUCGGCCCAUGUUCACAAAACAGUCCCGUGUGAAGAGGCGUUGACAGAUGAGCAUAUAUUUCUCUUGCUAGCCGAGAAUCAGCAACACGAACCACUUCUGCCUAAUGCUUGCCUCUUUAGGCACACACGAACAAACAUUUCCUGGGAGCCAUUGCUCCACGUGCUAACACGGCGAACAGAGCGAAGCAGAACGGGGCCAAUAUAAGGAAGUCCAAGUUGCAUUGAUGUCAAUGGAACUCGGUUUUAGAAAAAACUCUAAAGCCCAGCGUGCAGAGCCGUCCAAAACUGCUUUCAGGGCUCACUUCCAAAUGCGCAAACCUCAUUAUCUGAACCAUUGGCAUCGUUGAACAUGAGAAUACAACAUUGUAACAACAUUUAUAGGUCAGAAAAGAGGUAAAGCAUAAUAGGUCCCCAUUAAUAAAUGAUGCUGUUAUGUGGUUAAUUACGGGCUAUGAGUAAAAAAUUUAAAAAAAAAGUAUGCAUAUUUAAAGGGCCCCUGGCAUGAUACUGUACAUCAACUUUGCUGAAGUAUGUAAUAUAUUGUUUGUAAUUAUGUUCUACAUGGUUCGAUUUUUGAAAGCGAACACUAAAUUCUCAAAAAUGACAUUUAUAGUUUGUGACGCCAGCCAUGACGACCUAGCUCUUGCAGUUCAGCCUCAUUUCCGGAAGUUAUGCUAUUGGGGUAUUAUCACUCAGAUAAACAAACAUGGCUGUGUACAAGACAGAGGAUGUUUACAUUCAUUAUAGCGAAAAAUGGAGCUAUGUGUCAAUAGUUUUUGAGGAGGAAGAAACAUUUGGAGAUGAAAUAGAGACCUUGCAGAACAUCGGCUUAAGCUUUAAGAGAUGGAGAUGAAAAUUGGUAAGCGUAAAUUACUCUGGAGUUGCUUAUCCUUCAAUUAUUGUUUUAAAUCUGCUUCUUAAUGAGCGUAAAAGGUUUUUUAUUUCUUGUUUGAUUGCAUAUGUUCCCCCCACAAUUAACACAGCAUUUAUGUAACAUGUAUAAUGCUUUGCAGCCUUGUUGCUAUGGUGGAAUAGUGUUUAGAAGACAUCAUGUAAACAAGACAUGACAUGACUCUGUGACAACUUUGACACAGUGGGCGUUUUACCUUAUAUUGAUGUUUUUUCCAGUGUACCGGUGGAAUAGCAUCCUUAUUCAAAAUAAUACAACGUACUUUAAAGCCAAAUUCUUCUUGUUAAAGUUGUUCCUUCAAAGCAGUCAUUGGUGAAAUGAUCACUGCAAAGGACAGAACUCGAGGUGGGCGUCCGUCUCUCUCUACUUGCUUCAUCCAUUGUUGUCUUAAUCCUUCCUCUUUUGGAAAAGAAAACAAACUCACAGUAUCACUCGGAUACUGUGAACAUCCAGCAGCAACAAUUUUUGGCAUAACUACUAUUUUGAUGAAAAAUGUACUGAACCAUGUCGACGAUCUACCUCGAGAAGCAUUUGUUUACUCUGCUUUAGCUGGGUGGUAUCACCCCAAUGAUGUCACUUCCGGAAAUAUGGCUGAGCUGCGAGCUACUUUGUCAUGGCUGGCGCCAUGAACUAUAAAUGGAAUUUUUUCGAAUGUACAGUCUGCUUUCAAAAAUCCAACAAUGUAGAACAUAAUUACAAACAAUAUAUAACAUUUAAGCAAAGUUGAUGAAUCAUGUCAGGGACCUUUUAAGCAAAUGUUAUGCAUUUUUUGCCUAAAUGUAACAAUUUAAAGCAGAAAAGUGGCAAAAUAACUUAAAAGUACGAACAAACAUUAAGAAGACAUUCAAAAAGUGAUAUGCAGUAUUCUAUACUAGUCACUAGGUGUCAGUAAGCGAAACAUACAAAACCAGACUUGAUUGCUGGAGCAGGGCUUUAACUGCAGGUUUGAAUGAUCUCACAACAGGCACAAUAAAACAUUUUCCUGUCCUCUUCAGUAGCUUAGUAUGAUUGUUUUGUCAAAACAGUGUUGCAGGUGAGUCUGGUAUACUCCUGUUCCAGUUGGAGUCUGAGGGGUUAGAGGAAGAGAAGGGACCAAAAUGUAGCCACAGAUGGUGAGAGCAUCCACGUCAUCGUCAGCAGGAACAAUAGUAACGACAUAAUGUACAUAGUGGGGACAGAGGCCUGCUGACAUCGACUGAGGACAUAGUCGGGUGCUUAAGGAAAUAAUUUGAGGCCAUUCUGAAUCCCACUGACAUACAUUCAGUAGAGGAAGCAGAGUCUGAGGACACAAACGUGGACAGGUCCAUCACAGUGUCUGAGGUGGUCAAAUAACUCCAGGGCUGGAUAGGUUUCACCCUGAAUUCUUCAAGACUCUGGAUGUUGAGGGACUGUCCUCAUUGACACAUCUGUUCAACAAUGGAGGAACAGUACCUCUUGAUUGGCAGAUGUGAGUGGUGGGCCCUCUUUUCAAGAAGGGUGACUGGAGGUUGUUUUCCAACCAUAGGGGGAUGACACUUCUCAGCCUCUGGGAAAGUGUAUUCCAGAGUGCUGGAGAGAAGGCUACGGUCGUUAGUCGUACCUUGGCUGUGUGGAUUUUGUCAUUGUUGCGGAACACUGGUCCAGGUCUACACUCUUGCAAGGGUAUUGGAGGGUGCAUAGGAGUUUGCCCAACCGGUCUACAUGUGCUUUGUAGACUUGGAAAAAGGCAUUCAACCGUGUCCCUCGUGGUGUCCCGUGGGGGGAUUUUCCGGGUGUACAUGGUCGGUGGGACGCUACUACGUGCCAGUCAGUCCUUGUACAACCGGAGCAGGAGCCUGGUUCCCAUUGCCAGCAGGAAGUCGAGCCAGUGACCAUUGGCCAAGGCUGCUCUUUGUCACCGAUUCUGUUCAAUGAUGUGGCCCUGAUGGUCUCAUCAGGCUGUUACCUUCGGCGUUUACUGGGGCGGUUUGCAGCUGAGGGUGAAGCUUCUGAAUGAGACUCAGAACCUCCAAAUCUGAGGCCAUGAUUCUCAGUCGAUGAAAGGUGGAUUGCACCCUUCGGGUUGCGAGUGAGAUCUUGCCCCAGGUGGAGGAAUUCAAGUAUCUCCGAGUCUUGUUCACAAGUGAGGGAAGUCUGGAGUGUGAGAUCGACAGGAGGAUCGGUGCAGUAAAGCGGUCGCUGUACCGGACCACCGUGGUCAAGAGAGCUGAGCCAGAAGUCAAAGCUCUCAAUUUAUCUGUCGAUCCAUUUUCCCACCCACACCUAUGGUCAUGACAGAAAGAACGAGCUUGCGGAUACAAGCGGCUGAAAUUAGUUUCCUCCAUAGGGUGGCUGGACUCGACCUAAGAGAGAGGGUGAGGAGCUUGGUCAUCCAGGAGGAGUUCAGAGUAGAGCUCCUUCAAAUUGAGGAUUGCCAGUUGAAGUGGCUUGGGCAUCUAGUCUGGACCGCCUCCCUGAUGAGGUGUUUCGGGCAUGCCCAGCUGGGAGGAGGCCCCAGGUCAGGUCAGGUUUCUUUAUUAAUACCAUAGGUAAAUUACGGCAGACCUAGGACAUGCUGGAGGGAUUAUGUCUCACAGCUGUCCUGUGAACACCUUGGUGUCCUCCCGGUGGAACCGGAAGAGGUGGCUGGAGGCCGGGAAGUCUGGACUUCCCUACCGAGACUGCUGCCCCUGUGACUCGGACGUGGAUAAGCGGAAGAAAAUGGAUGGAUGGAUGCAUGCUUGGGCAUUAUAAUAAUAACACGGGCGACUGUUGCGGCUGUAAUCCCACUAAAACACAACUCUGAACUCCCGACGUCACUUCCUCUCCACACAUUUAUUGCAAUUCACACAAACAUGAGUUUUAUUUAUGUCUUAAACGGCUUAUUUUCUCUUUUUUGGGCAAUAUGAGUGUCAAGGUGACCAAAUGGGUGGUGUUUCAUGUCUAGAGGGCUGCAAUAACAUUACAAACGGUAUUUAGAAGGUUGUUAAAAGGUUUUCUGUGCUCUGACUACAAAAAUAUCCCAUUUAUAAAGAAGAAAUGCUACUUUUGCAGGAAUUCACUUAUCACGGUCGGGUCUGGCACCAAUUACCCGCGAUAAACGAGGGAUUACUGUACACGCUUGAUACUUGGCCACUAUGUUCAUUGUGCAAUUACAAUGCAAAUGUACAUUCCUUUUCUUUUUUCUUCUAUUUGAUACAAAAUAAUAGUUUUCCGUCAAUUGAUUAAAACUUGACAUUCACUUUUAAGUGAUUUUGUUGAAAAACUGCAUUGUAUUUUUGAUGACUUUUCUGGUAGUAUUGUUGUAAAGAUGAUUUAACUUUGUGUAUAACUUCACGUGACGGGGAAAAUGUAAUAUUGGGAGAAUAAAGUUGUUUUGAAACAAAAGUUAAUGUAUGUUUGCAACAAAAAUGUUGAAGAAAGACUUUGUUGUGUAUUUCACGACUUUUCUCAGAACGGUACUGCCUUCUCAACUUUUUCUCUUAACAUUCUGACUUCUUUUUUGUCAUAUUUUGUUUAAAAAUGUUUUACCUUCGGAUAAAAAGGAGCAAACAUUACGUGACUAAAGUUGU